AACUCCUCAGGAAAAAACAAACACAAAGAGAGAGAGAGAGAGAGAGAGAGAGAGAAAGAAAGAAAGAAAGAAAGAAAGAAAAUAUAGCCAGCUGUGGUGUGUUCUCAGUAAUCUCAGCACCCAUAAGUAAAGGCAGGAGGAUCUAGAGUUCAAGUCCAGCAAGAUAAAGCAAACCUUUAGUCCUAUCAUCAGGAACAGGCAGGUGGAUGCCUGUGCAUUCAAGUCUACCUGGUGAGUUCCAGGACAACUAGAGCUACAUAGUGAGAACCCGUUUCAAGAGAGAGAAAGAGAAUUUAAGGUCAUCCUUGCCUACAUAGUGAGUUGAAGGCCAGCCUAAGCUACAUGAGACUCUAUCUCAAACAAUUACAACAAAGAAUCAUGGGCUGGAGAGAUGUCUUAAUGGCUUAUCACACUGUACUUGUAAGAGGGUCAGAGUUCAGUUUGGAGUACUGAACUCUCACAGUGGGUUUCAUGGCUCAACUCGUCACGAAAGUGAGAGGACCAGUUUAGCGCCCCAGCGUACCAAUAUUCUGAGAGUCCCUGCCUCAAAACAUACAAAGAGGAAGAAUCAAGAAUAUUCGUGACUUAGCCAGGCAGUGGUGGCGCACGCCUUUAAUGCCACCACUCAGAGGCAGGCGGAUCUUUGUAGGCCACCCUGGUCUACAAAGAAACCCUGUCUCAAAAAACAAAACAAAUAUAUACAUAUAUAUCCACUUCCAUAAGUUGAAUGUAUAUAAUCAAUUUAUUAUAUUUCUAAGUAAUUUAAGAGACGAAGGACCCCAAGCCUUUAUUCCCAGGACUCAGGAGGCAGGCGUGUUCCUCUGAGUUCGAGGUCAGCGUGGUUCUAGGUUCUCAGGAUUACAGAGAAACUGUCUCUGAAAGCAAAAAAAAAAAAAAAGGCAACGUCUGUGGCGAAUCUGCUGCUGCCAAUAAAGAGUUCUGGCGGAGGUCGGCCGGAGUAAGGACUCAGUCGCUGGCAAAGUACGGUGGAGGCGGCCUCUGUCCGGGUGCGGAAAGAACCCAGGAUUGCUGAGAGGAGCUCUUGCCAGUUUCUCAAAUUCCUGAGAACUCUCCACCUCCGAGCAUGAGCGACUGGAUGCCCAUUGCCAAGGAAUAUGACCCGCUUAAAGCUGGCAGCAUCGAUGGCACGGAUGAAGACCCACAUGACCGCGCUGUUUGGAGGGCCAUGCUGGCCCGAUAUGUCCCCAACAAAGGUGUCACUGGAGAUCCCCUCCUUACCCUGUUUGUGGCACGACUGAACUUGCAGACCAAAGAGGAGAAGUUAAAGGAAGUCUUCUCUCGAUACGGUGAUAUCCGGCGCCUGCGGCUGGUUCGGGACCUGGUGACAGGCUUCUCCAAGGGCUAUGCUUUCAUUGAGUACAAGGAGGAGCGGGCCCUGCUGAAGGCCUACCGUGAUGCUGAUGGCCUGGUCAUUGACCAGCACGAGAUAUUUGUGGACUAUGAGCUGGAGAGGACCCUCCGUGGCUGGAUCCCUCGGCGGCUGGGUGGUGGGUUGGGUGGGAAAAAGGAAUCUGGGCAACUGAGGUUUGGUGGCCGGGAUCGGCCUUUCCGAAAGCCCAUCAACUUGCCAGUUGUCAAGAAUGAGCCACAUCGAGAAGGGAAAAGGGAAAGGAGGGAGCGGUCUCGAUCCAGGGAUAGACACUGGGACCCCAGGCCCAGGGAACGGGACCAUGACAGGGGGCGAGAGAAGCGCUGGCAAGAGAGGGAGCAGGCCAGGGUGUGGCCCGAGAAUGACUGGGAAAGAGAGAGGGAGUUCAGGGAGGAGAGGGUCAAAAGCAGGGACAAGAGAGACAGGAGUAAGUAGAACCAACAGCAGGCAGCGGAGGCCCACCCGGAGGGGAGGGGCUGAAGCCCCUGUGUCAUCAGGCUGGGGCAGUUCCCUUUCCAGUACAGAACCCAGGCUCAUGCACGCAUGCUGAAUCUACUAUUGUUAUCACACAGACCUAAGAGAGGCCAUGCUUUUGCAGUACUGGGGAUUGAACUGGAGAGCACAACAGAUGAUAGGAGGGAGAAACAGUAAGAAGUCACCCAUCUCGUGUGGAAAUAAAAAUGUUUUCACUAGCUUGUCAUUGCAGCACCUGGGAGCUGGAGGCAGGAGUAUCAAAUGUAAGAAAGGAGAGAUAAUAAAGAAUUUGUCUUGACUUUCUCAGA